CUCAAGAAAGUAUAUGAAUGUCCAGAUAAUGAUAUAAGGUUUUACUUAUACACGAAUUCAGUGCAACAGGUAAAAAGAGACUUAGGAUAGACGUAAGGAACCACUAUGCGCUGCAAUAUGCUGGAUAUGAACCCGAAAAGAAGAACGUCAUCAUCAUCCAUGGUUUCAACGGGACCGAAGCUAGGACACCUAUCACGCUUCUCAGAAACACUUAUCUCGAGAGGGGAGACUACAACAUAUUCACUGUAGAUUGGGAACGGCUAACGAGAUUUCCAUGUUAUCUGUCAGCCCUUUCAAACACCAGACUUGUAGGAAUGUGUACUGCCCACUUAUAUGCUUACAUCAUGAACCACGGCGGAGACGCAGAAUUAACAACGUGUGUGGGGCAUUCCCUAGGGGCACAUAUCUGCGGUAUGGCAAGCAAGCAUCUGAGCAUCAAGCAGCACAGGAUAAUAGGAUUGGAUCCAGCCAGGCCAUUGAUAGACCGCUUCGCGCACAAAGAGUUCAGGCUGGAUAAACAAGAUGCUCACCAAGUUGAGGUCAUCCAUACGAAUGCAGGAUUUUUGGGCGAAAGGAAUCAAAUUGGCACAGUGGACUUCUGCGUGAACGGAGGAAGUAUACAACCCAGCUGUUAUGGAACUAGACUACAGCAAGUUCGAUGUAGUCAUUUCCAAAGUGCUUGUUACUUUGCCAGGACCCUGAUGCUUAACAAUAAGCCUAUUAUCGGCAGGCCAUGCUCAUCCGAAUGUCCAAAAAGAAGCACUUCAAAAUGGGGAGUCGUUCCAGGAAAAAGCAUACCCAUGGGCGAAAAUACUCCUUUCAAUGCUCGUGGAACCUACUGUGUGGAGACAGACACAAAGAAAGACUGUCCAUAUUUCCAGUGAGCCUUAUUGAUUUUGUUAACAGAUUGAUAUUUUUUGUACAAACUGUAAAUUAUUGG